CUUCUACGCAGUGUUUUGCAUUCUGCACUGCUGAAUAUUUUCGAAUUACUUGUUAAAUAACGGUAUAUUUUGUUCAUAUCCUGAGGUAAAGUGUAACAUAAGUGUUGUUUACUUCAAAAGUUAUUUGCAAAAAUAUUUAUGGAUCUUCUACGCCGUGUUUUGCAUUCUGCUUUUCUAAAUUUAAUAUUUAGUGUUCUGGGAGUUUAUGGUGAAUACUGCUACUACGUCUAUUCCUACACAUAUUCUUAUAUAUACUAUGAAUGUGAUAGUACAGGAAAUUAUGGUUCCAUAGCCGGAGCGGUAGUAGGGACUAUAAUUUUUAUAGUCAUCAUUGUUGUUAUCAUUGCUGUGUGUAAAAACCAUAACAGAACAAGGGUGACAACUAUUCAUACCCCUCACUCUGUCGGAACUGCUGUUAUCGCACAACAACAGCAACAACAACAAGCCCAACCAGCGAUGAUGUAUGGUCAGUAUCCACAACCAGGUGGUAGUAUGUAUAAUCACCCACCAGCUUAUCAACCGCCUCAAGGAAACUAUCCUCCGCCGCAAGAAAACUUUCCUCCGCCGCAAGAAAACUUUCCACCAAAAUACUAACAGUUUAUCAAUAACAAGCAGAAUUCCAAUCAAAAGAACUGUUUUAAAUUCAUAAACUACUUAUUUUAUAUAAAGUGUAAAUAGACCUAUUUUCCUGUAAUAAAAAACCUUCGGUUAAAUGAACUUAAAACAAAAAUCAAAAUUUGCUGCUUAUCUUGCUGAUGUUUGAUAUACCUAUAAUGAGUUUGAUAUAUUUUGUGUCUACAAUCAAAUAAAUGAAAUUUUAAUACUAAUUUGGGCAUAUAUAGAGUUCGAAGAGUCGAACAUAUUUCAGAUAAUGAGAUACCAUCUGUUUGUACAAUUACAAAUCGCAAAAUAAGUAUAUCAUAAGUAAAAAAGACAAAAGCACUGAAAAUGUUGAUUAUUCUAGUACUAUGUUUUCUGAAUUGAGAUCAAAUUGUAUUUAAUUUUAUAUAUGUUUUAUUUUA